GGGUGGAACACGUAGCUCCAACCCACCCACUCGCUCCCAUUUAACCCAGCCCGCAGCCGCUCCACUACUCCGCGCCUCGCCCCCCCACCCCGCCCCGCUCCUCAUUCACUCGGCGCGGACGGCACGGGGAGCACACGCUGCGGGGCUGCGCCGCGAGCCGGAGACCCGGGCCAUGCACGCCCCCAACUGAAAGCGGCGCGGCCGAGACCCUGCGCAGAGCCCCCUCGAGCCCAGCUCCGGGACGCUCCCGGCCGGACGCCCCGCUAGGCGCAGACAGCCCGCAGCGCGCAGUGGCCCCGGCUCGCCGCGCCAUGGAGAGGAUCCCCAGCGCGCAGCCGCCUCCUGCCUGCCUACCCAAAGCGCCCGGGCUGGAGCCCGGAGACCUCCCCGGGAUGGAUUUCGCCCACAUGUACCAGGUGUACAGGUCGAAGCGGGGACUGAAGCGGGGAGAGGACAGCAAGGAGACCUACAAACUGCCUCACCGGCUCAUUGAGAAGAAGAGACGUGACCGGAUUAAUGAGUGCAUCGCGCAGCUCAAGGACCUGCUGCCCGAACACCUCAAACUUACAACUCUGGGCCACUUGGAGAAGGCGGUGGUGCUGGAGCUGACCCUGAAGCACGUGAAAGCCCUGACCAGCCUGAUUGAGCAGCAGCAGCAGAAGAUCCUGGCCCUGCAGAGCGGCUUCCAGGCUGGUGAGCUGUCGGGGCGGAGUGUCGAAGCAGGCCAGGAGAUGUUCUGUUCGGGCUUCCAGACCUGCGCCCGGGAAGUGCUGCAGUACCUGGCCAACCACGAGCACGCCCGGGACCUGAGGUCCUCCCAGCUGGUCGCCCACCUGCAUCGCGUGGUCUCUGAGCUGCUGCAGCCUGGGCCUCCCAGGAAGCCAGCCGAGCCAGCAACCAAGGCCAUGGACUUCAAGGAGAAGCCGGCAUCCCUGGCUCCUGGCUCCGAAGGCCCUGGAAAGAACUGUGUCCCCGUCAUCCAGCGGACAUUCGCGUCCUCGAGCGGCGAGCAGAGCGGCAGUGACACAGACACAGACAGCGGCUACGGAGGCGAGUCGGAGAAGAUGGACGGGCGAGGCGUGCAUCCCCACGCAGGCGGCGGCCGCCACGGACGUGGGUUUGCUGCAGGGGAGAGGGUCAGCGCCAUCAAACAGGAGUGUGAGGAGCCACCCACCAAAAAGAGCCGCCUGCAGUUCUCGGACGAUGAGGGCCCCUUUGGCAGCAGUGGGGACCUCCUGGGCUCGCCCUUCCUGGGCCCGCACCCGCACCAGCCCCCCUUCUGCCUGCCCCUGUACCUGAUCCCCCCGUCGGCCACCGCCUACCUGCCCAUGCUGGAGAAGUGCUGGUACCCCACCUCGGUGCCCGUGCUGUACCCUGGGCUCAACGCCUCAGCCGCUGCCCUCUCCAGCUUCGUGAACCCCGACAAGCUGCCGGCACCCCUGCUGCUCCCUCAGAGACUCCCCUCGCCCCUGCCAGCCCACCCCGCGGUCGACUCUUCGGCCCUGCUGCAAGCCCUGAAGCAGAUCCCACCCUUAAACUUGGAAACCAAAGACUGAGUUCCCCAGUCCCGGCGGGGGGACGUGGGACCUGCCGCUUCGCUGUCCUUCCGCCUUCCUUUCAAAAACUCACAGUCCAGUCUUGGGGAGUGUCGCCAGGCACCUCCGGGGCAUAGAGGGGAGCCAGGGUGAGUGUGCACACGUGUGUGCUUGUGUGUGAGUGCAGGACAGGAAAGCACCCUGUGGUACAGGGCAGAUGGGAUGGGCUCUCGCCCCCAGGGGAGGGGGGGCGUGAAGCAGCACCCUCUUGCACACAGGAGCUCCCACCGCUGGUGCUGGGCGCCACACCCUGGCCUGGGAGCCCAGUCGCUGGCCUAGAGGACAAGGUACUUGGCACAGGGCUUUCCAGAGCGUGGCUUCCACCCGAACCCACACCCAGGACCCCGCCCUUCCCCCCCCUCCCCCCCCCCCGCGGCUGACGUGACUCAGCAGGCGGCUGUACACCUCAGACCCGACUCCUGCUGCCGCAGGGAGGGGGUCGCCAACGUUGGCACUGCACGGGGUGACGUCGCAGACACUGGCACCACUUGGUGGUGGUCUGGGGUGGUUGCCUGCCCCACCUCAGAUGAACACACAGAAUGUAGCUACCUACUCAGGCUGGCCUGCCAGGGUUCUCAGGGCUGCCCCUGCGUACCAGCUGAGCUUCAGGGGCAUGGGUGGGGAGCCCUGGACCCGGGCACCGCUGCUGGCUCUCGCUGCCCAGGGAACUGACACAGGGCCCAAGAGGUGGCCCUGGCGCACACGGCCCGAUGACAGUGCUACCUUGAAGCAGAGCUGGGUCCAGGUUCCCAGUCUGUCCUAAACCCCUCAUAACCAAGCUUAGCUUAGCCAAGCCCUGGCAUGGCACCACCUUUUGGGCUGGUGGCACAGGGAGGGUCCUCCCGCCGAAGAGGACCCUGUCCCCCUUGGAGAUGUGGCUAGAGCCAGGGCACCUGUUGUGACUGGGCCAGCCAGCACCCCACCAGCUGCUCAGAAUGCACUGUAUGCUUGGUCUGAUCGCUCGUGUUCAAACUUGUUUUUAUUUUGGUAUACAGUUGUUGCCUUUAUUUGUAAAGCUGUUAUAUAUUCUAUAAACAUUUAAGAGGAAAGUCUCCGAUGUUUAUAAUUACUUGAUCUACAAGGAAAGAAAAGUGAAUGUUGCUGUUUUUCGAAGACAAUAGUGGUUUUUUCCUCUCGGAAGAGGUACAGUGUUUGUUUUGAAGCCUCCGAAAGGUGUGAAGAUGUAAAUAUUUUUAUCUACGCGUAAAUGUUAAGAAGUCCUUUAAAAACACUUAAUAAAACAAUCCUUUUCCUGUG